UCUGCUUGGCUUCCCUUUUUUCCCUCGGGUGCUGUGUGCUGUGAGGAGAGCUCAGGAAAGCUCAGAAGCCCGGAUAUGGGUAGAGUGACCUAUGAUGAUGUGCAUGUGAACUUCAAUCAGGAAGAGUGGGCUUUGCUGGAUCCUUCUCAGAAGAGCCUCUACAAAGAUGUGAUGCUGGAGACCUAUAGGAAUCUUGCUGCUAUAGGCUACGUUUGGGAAGACCAUAAUCUUGAAGAACAUUUUCAAAGUUCUAGAAGACAUGGAAGGCAUGAAAAAAGUCAUACUGAAGAAAACCCCUAUGAAGGUAUCCAACAUUGUGAAGCCUUUGCACAUCACAGUAGUCUCAAAAUACAUAAAACAACACUUGCUGGAGAGAAAACCUUUGUGUGUAACCAAUGCGGUAAAGACUUUGUGUCUCACAUUUCUCUUCAGAGGCAUAAAAGAGUUCAUAAAGGAGAGAAACCUUAUGAAUGCAAUCAAUAUGGUCAAGCUUCUGCGUGUCAAAGUGGACUCCAAAUGCAUAAACGAAUACAUACAGGAGAGGAAAGUCAUGAGUGCAAUCAAAGUGGUAAAGCCCUUGGAUGUCAAAGCGGACUACAAUAUCAUAAAAGAACACAUACAGGAGAGAAACUUUAUGAAUGUAAUCAAUGUGGUAAAGGCUUUGCAUAUCACAGUUCUCUUCAAAAACACUACAGAACACAUACCGGAGAGAAACCCUUUGAAUGUGACCAAUGUGGUAAAGCCUUUGCAGGAAGUAGUCAUCUCCUAAGACAUAAAAGAGUACAUACUGGUGAGAAACCCUAUGAGUGUGACCAUUGUGGUAAAGACUUUGCACGGCACAGUUCUCUUCAGAGGCAUAAAAGAAUUCAUACAGGAGAGAAACCUUAUGAAUGUAAUCAAUGUGGUAAAAGCUUUGCAUGUCAAAGUGGUCUCCGAAUACAUAAACGAACACAUACUGGAGAGAAACCCUAUGAAUGCAAUCAAUGUGAUAAAGCCUUUGCAUGUCAAAGUGGUCUCCUGUAUCAUAAAAGAACACAUACUGGAGAGAAACCCUAUGAAUGUAAGGAAUGCGGUAAGGCCUUCAUACAUCACAGUCAUUUUCAAAUACAUAAAAGAACACAUACUGGAGAGAAACCCUUUGAAUGUGACCAAUGUGGUAAAGCCUUUGCACGAAACAGUCAUCUCCUAACACAUAAGAGUACACACUGAAGAGAAACCCUAUGUAUGAAAGCAAUGUGGUAAAGACUGCACAGUAGUCUCCA